CUGUGGCUCCUCUCAAAGGUUACAGUUUCUGGCUUUAAAGGAGCACUGCAGCAGCCUGUUAUGAAGAUCAGCAUCAUCACCUUUACUCACUAGGUUCCUUUCAACACUAUCACUCAAAAACUUAAGCAAAUUAUUAUUUAGAAUUGAAAUAUAUUAACAUCUACCACCAACAAUCACCCUGAUGUCUUAAAUAAACUUUAACCGAAGCUCCUCGCUAUGACCUGAAACGUGCAUGUGCUUGAUUUUGUUAGUUCCCUACACAUAUACCACGUGCCUUACAACUGGUCACAUAAGAGAAGGAGCAGCUCCUACAAUGUUAUCAGCAACAUACACACCAACACAAGCAGAAUGGAGGGAUGAACGGUGACAGAAACAAACAGCGACUCCAACCAGAGUGACAACGAGGUUGCUGAUUGUCCAGCUGAGCCUAUGUCAGAGGUCUCCAUGGAAACGGAGGACAGUGAAGAGCUCCCAGUGACACCACAGAGUGGACCUGUGGUCAUUCAAGGCAACAACAAGAACCCGGCUAGCGAGAAGCUGCAGAGAGUCCGCAAGUGGAGCAUCACCAAAUAUAAAUGCACCAGGCAGGCUCUGUCUGAAAAGCUUGGCCGUGGAUCCCGUACAGUGGAUCUGGACCUGGAGCCACGCCUCGACCUGCUCAAAGACGACCGACAGCGCUACGAUCACAUGACCAAGCUGGCUCAGACGCUGUCCAAUCAGCUCGCUCAGUUCGCCGUCACCCAGAAGACUCUGGGGGACGCUUUUACCGAGCUCAGCGUGAAGACGCCGACGCUCUACGUGGAGUUCAGUCUGAAUGCAGAGGCUCAGAGGUUCCUGUCAAAGAGCGGCGAGACCCUGACGGCCGCCAUCAACUCCUUCACAUCCGACAUGAACACUCUGGUGAACAAAACCAUUGAGGACACCAUGAUCAAUGCCAAACAGUAUGAGGCAGCCAGGAUCGAGUACGAUGCGUACCGAGUCGACCUGGAGGAGCUGAACUUAGGACCUCGAGAUCCCACCACCCUGCCUAAACUAGAGGGGGCCCAGAAAAACUUCCAGGGCCAAAGAGAGAAAUAUCAGAAAGUCCGAGAUGACCUGUCCGUCAAAAUGAAGCUUCUGGAGGAGAACAGGGUGAAAGUCCUCCAUCAUCAGUUAUGGCUGUUCCAUGGCGCUGUUGCUGCUCACUGUUUGUCAUGUCAUGGUUUCCUGGAGCAGAACAUGCUUCAAGCUGCCAAACACCUCAACAAUGCCAGCGUGGACGGCCCCUCCUGGCUGGAGGAGAGUUGAUACAAAAAGCAUCAAUCAAGACUCAAAGUGUACCAAAGUUGCAGACAUCGAGUGAAAACAGGUUGGACGGCUGUGAGACUUGUGUUUAUGGGUGCAUAAUUAAUUCAUAUCCGACUGGAAUUUAAUUUUGAAUGUUUCUGUUGGAUAUCUUGCUUCUGGAAAGGUCUGGAAAAUGGGUGAAUGUUUGCAAAGGAAGCAGGGGACUUAGUGGAAAAGUAGUUUGUUUUGGAUAUUGAAUGGAAUUUAUGGGGUCAACUCUUGUUUGUGAAGGCCAAAGAAAGGUCUCAGAAUUGGUUGUUGAACUGCACGAAAGCUUAUUCUAAAAUUACAUUCACAGUUUCGGUAAUUAUCUUUUUAAACCAUACAUAUAUUUACGGACACAACACACAAACUUACAGCAGACACCCCUUCUGGUUUCCUCUCUGUCUCAGUGUGUUGGGAAGUAAAUCCGUCUGAUCCUUUGUGGAGCACUAAGCCUCUCUUUGAACUUCAAGAAUCUGCAGCCACUGCAGUCAGAAACUCAGAGACUAAAAGUGCCUUAACACCACUGCUGGAAAACAACUUCAGAGUCGAUAAGUACUGCUAUAAUUCUCUUCUCAGCACCCCAACCCAAUGAAACACAUUCAUUUCUCAUUGCACUUUUUUUUUGUCUUUUUGCAUAAGCAAAGAAAAUAUUUUAGCAUUGACCAUCAUAUUUGCCAUUUCCAGUACCGAGGCACCAAAUAUCAAAUAUAUGCUCUUUAAUAUUUUGAACGCUAACUAAUUUCUCAAAGGGAUUUGGAUUUUGUCAUGUUUGUAAAUAUAUUUCCAUUAAUUAUAUAUAUUAUAUAAUAAAACCUUGAAACAUGAUAGCUAAAUGUUGAAUAAAAAUUUGUUCUUUGGGGAAAUAUUCAGUUUCAAUUGAACAUGCAAGCAGCAGGUUUAACAUCGGGAUCUCUUGUCUUAUCAGUCUCAGGUCCAUUUCCUUCUUGCUUUGCAUCACAAGCAACUGCUAAAAGACCACUAGUUUGGAUCAAACCAAAAUAAAUGUUUUGCUUUUGUUUUUUGUUGAUCAAAUGUUGGUAUUUGUCUGUGUUCUAGUUGCCAAACUUUUAAAGUUUAUUUCCAACCUGUUGGAGACAAAUAUUUAGUUUCAGUAGCAUUCGUCAUGUUAAAACCAAAGUUAUCCCUGUAUGCUGAUGAUGGUGUCUUGUUUGUUGGUAAAGUCGGAUUGUUUGUAGCCAUUCUUUCAUGCAGUAAUUCCUCAUUUAGAGGCUGUGUUUGCUUACUUUGCCAACUACAUACGUUUUUUUUUUAAUGGCCAUUGACUGUUGACUCCUGGUCAUCUUCUUGUAUUCUUCUUCACUGUACGGACUAAUGAUUUGCUUCUAACCAAAACUUGUUGCCUCUUUUGUUGCUAUAUUUUGCUAAUAUUAUAAUAGAACUGAGUGUAUUUUUACAUUAUUGCGAGAAGAUUAAGUCUUAGUCCUACACCAAUAACUGCAAGUUAAAAAAUAAAAACUGAUGUUGUUAAAACAAUGAAAAACCUGUUUGUUGCUCAUGUUGGGUGGAUUGUCGUUCAACUUUAGGGGAAGAUUUCAUCAGAAAAUAAAGUUGUCACCUUACUUCGAUGAUGUUACUUUGAUAAUAAAGAAAAUUUUGUUUUAGACUGCAUUUUUACAAGUUAAUCAGCUUUCAAAACUUAGUCUUUUUUUCUUAAACCCUCACAGAUACAGAAACACUAACUUGAAUUAAGACCUGUCCAUUUAUGGCAGAGGAUGAUUUCUGUAUGAUGUUCUCCAGUGACUCACUCCAGUUAAUACGCAUGAGUUGCAUUUAAAUACUAUUUUCUGAAAUAAGUUUUUUGGUGAUAGGAAGCUUUUAAAUUACAAUAUUUAAAAAAAAAGUUUAUUGACAAUUCAACAGGUUACAUUAUUUUAUUUUAAGCCAUUCUUAAUCCAACGUGUUAGUAUUAUUUGUUUUGCAUGCUAGAAAAAAAUGGUAAGGACUUAAGGAGACAUUAGCUUGGUUGAAAAUCCUAAAUAAUUCUUUUAUUUUCAUUUUACUAAGCUGCUGUCUCAGUGGACAAAUAACAGAUGAAAUAAAAAGGUCUCAUUUUAAAUGGUUAAAAGAGGGGUUUAACAGUGUUUUCUGUAUUUUCUCAGCUUUAAAUAUUUUCUAAGAUGUUUAUUACAGCUGCGACUCAAAAAACUCUUGUUGACAUGUGAGAAUGUGUUUUUCUGUGUGUAAGUUUACCUAAAAACUACAACUAUGCAAUCAGUGACUGAAUGUAUUUAUGCUAAAAAUUUCCUCAAAAUUUUCUUGCAUUUAUAAAUUAUGUGGCAUUAAAGAGAAAUUUCACUGAAUGGGGUGGGGGGGGGGCAGUCAGCACAACUCAAACUUUAAUUAGAACUGUCCCCUUUUGCAAAAAAUAAACACACUGUUCUUAAAUGUAUUCAAAGGUAAUUACAUUGUCCGUAGCAGUAGUCUUUACCGCCUUACAUAUGUUAAAUCCAUCCAGUGUGCUGCCUUCCUGUCACCUUCUAAAUAUACAGAAUAUACAUGAGUCUGAAAUGCAGUAAGACUGCUAGAUAAAUAUAUGACCAGCAAUUUACAUUCAUUUGUGGUUAGAACAAUUAUCUUACUUCUUAGUCAUCUUGACGUUCCUGUAUGAUGUCAUACAGUUGCACUAUGUGUAACUUGAAUCUUUAUAUUGUGGUUCCAGUUACGUCAUAAGUUUCUCAAACGAUACCUAUAUUUCAUUGCAUGUAAAUCCUGCUAUCUUGACAGUAAUGACAGUUUUAUGCAAUUUUGGCAAAGCAUGCAGUUAGCUGAUCUCGAACACUUGACAACUUUUAUGUGAUGCCCUCACUCCUAAGCAGAGAGGAUAGAGUUUGUGGAUUUGUUGCUGCUCAAGGAGUAAAAUCCAAAAAUAUUCAAAUGUAAUUGAGUGUUUGAGAUUUUCUCUAGGAGCAGCAGGUUAACAGAUGAUGCAUCAUCUUUCUCUGAUCUGCUAAAAUUCCCAGUUAGUUAACAUUAUCUAAUUUCUUCUUGUAAGACUAAAACAAAGGGUUGACAUUUAGUCAUUCAUUUGAUACUAAAAGAAGACAAACACGUACACAAAUACAAUCAUUUUAAUCAUGUUUGAGUGUAUGUUUUGUUGCAUGUAAUACAUCUUGAGCUUGCCAAAUAAACCAGUUUUAAUCCAA